AUGUGCCUUACUGAUUUGUGCCUUACUGAGUCCCAUCUCCUCCAACAGCCCCCCUUUCCCCACAUCUUCAUGCAUGCUCCACUCGCUUUCCGCCACGCUGCUCCCACCAGACCUAGCAAGCUGAUUGCUUGUCUCAAACAUGUCAUGAUGGAGAGCAGCAGAGAGCAGGGCUCGGCUGCAGGGCUUGAGGGAAGCAAGCGGAAGGGUCCAGCAGAACUGAAUUGUCAUCAUGUUCCUGCUUCUCUGCCUGCUUCUGUGGCUGCUGAUGUGCCUCCUGCUGUGUCUCCUUCUGAGCCUGCCACUGUGACUCUGCCUGGUGCUGCCGACCCCCCUCCUCUCGGCUUUGUGCUAGCCGCCCCAGAGGCGACUCAGAAGCUUCCUCCCACCCCUCAUGCAGCUGCUGCACCUCCCAACCGAGCUCUUCUUGAAGUGCAGCAGAUGGGUGGAGAGGGCUAUUGCAAGUACACUGGGGGUCUGAACAAGGAUGGUGCUGGGGAGUGUAACACGGAUGGUGGCGUGGCAUUGGGGAGGGCUGAAGGGAAGGGUGACGGGAAGGAGGUUGUGAAGGGCGGUGGAAAGAAGAGGGAGGGGCAGUGUGAGGCGCAGUGUGAGGGGCAGUGUGAGGGGCAGUGGGAGGGGCAGUGUAAGGGGCAGUGUGAGGGGCAGUGGGAGGGGCAGUGUGAGGGGCAGUGGGAGGGGCAGUGUGAGGGGCAGUGGGAGGGGCAGUGGGAGGGGCAGUGUGAGGCGCAGUGGGAUGGGCAGUGGGAUGGGAACAGAAGGACGGAGGGUGGGGGGUGGGAGGGUGGGUCACAAUGA